AUGACCACCACCUCCUCCGCCGCCAACCAGUACGUCCGCCAGGUCCUGCACCAACCACCGGACCCACCUCCGCCCAUCCAUGCUCGCUUCUUCUAUACCUCGCCCAUCCCCAUCGAUGACCCGCUGUCGCCGCUGCCACCGCCUAGCGGGGGUGAGAGUACCUGGGUGAAGCAGCCGCCGAAGCCGUUCUCCGAGCAUGAUAAUGAGGCGUUGAAUCGGGCGUGGUUGGAGUUGAGGAGGAAGAUUUUGAAGUUCAAUGAGGAGAGGGGGGAGAAGGAGGCGAGUAGGGAGGGGAGUCGGGCGAGAGGGAGGGCGAGCUCGUCGUUGGUGAGAGGGGAGAGGAGAGGGUCUGGGUCGAAGGGGGCUGCUGCUAAGACGAAGGCUGCGAAGCAUGCUGCUUCGGGAUUGAGCCAGGUGGAUGUUCCACCUGGGGAGGAAGAGGCGGUUGUUGUGGAUGCUCCUGAGAGUACGACUGAGCUGGGGACUGGUAAUGAUACCACAGGCAGGCCUUUCACCAGGCUUCCCUCACACAGGAAGAGGGAUAGUGGUUCGUUCAGCCAACCAAGCAGGCCUGCGAUGAAGACGCAUGAUACGUAUGAAUGGGAGGAUUCAUCACACCUUGCUGAACGAAGCCCUGCGCCUGAGAAGAGGAAGCAAGUGGAGAAGAGCCCAACGGACAAGGUCGCGGUUGGAGUGUCACGGCUACACCAGGUGGAGAUGCCAGAUUUGCUCAUGACACCUAUAUACUGGGCGCCUGUCCACGACACUGCUCAGGUGGUGAGAGGAACGUGGUUCUACAAGGAUACGAUGCUGCCUGUGGAAACACCGGUGGCUAAUAUGCUUGAAGCUGGAUACUUGGACCUCCAAUGUUGGACUCAGACAUGGCAAGAUGAGCUUAACAGUGCGAUGGAGGUUGGCGCGCUGGGAGAGAUGAAAAUCGUGCACAAGCUCUGGCCGGACAAGAUUCCAAGAUCGAUUACCACACCACCUGGCAGUAGGAGAGGGCAGCGGCCAAGAGAUGACAAUCUUCUGAGAGCGGCGACUACCACCUCUAUGCUUGAAGGCGAGCCAGAGACCGUCGAGCAGCAAAGAGUCAAAUCUGUCGAAGCAGCAUGCGACAUUAUCGAUAUAUCAACGGGCGCUGGUGGACCGGACAACAAGGCGUAUGGCGAGUCGACAUAUGGUCGAGCUGGGGCUGUACGGACGUAUGGCACUUGCGGCGUGAUUUACGCGAAUGACAGAGAAGCGAAGAUCUUGAAGCCCACCCUACUACCCUCGGCAUACUAUGGUCGACGGCCCCUUGCAAACUACAUCCGGAAGGGACAUGAGAUUGGGAUACCGGUAGUUCGAGGGUUCAAGCAGUCGAUAUGGGACAAACUCCAUCCUCCCAAACACGAUCCCAGGAAGGCGAAAGCUGCACACGGUGUUGCGAGUGCCGGACCCGAUGCAAAUCGGAGACGAAAGGCCGACCCUGAUCUCGCGCAGAGUGAUCGACCUCAGGUGACGGAUCUCAUCUUUGUGAUCCAUGGCAUCGGCCAAAAGCUCAGUCAGCGAAUGGAGAGCUUCCACUUCACCCACGCUAUCAACGCCUUCAGACGAGAGAUCAUGGUUGAGCGUGGCAAUAAGGAGGUGAAAGCUGGUCUUCGGCGAGGGAUGGGUGGGAUCAUGGUCUUGCCCAUCAACUGGAGACAUUCGCUUUCGUUCGAAGAAGGCGGCUAUCGACCUGACGAUCCAUCUUCUGUCAAUGAUCCUUCAGUCAACGAGUUCACAUUGGACGACAUCACGCCUGAUACCCUCCCCUCCGUCAGAGGCAUCGUCAGCGAUGUCAUGUUGGACAUUCCAUACUACAUGUCCCACCACCAGCCCAAGAUGAUCGCAGCUGUGAUCCGAGAAGCCAACCGAGUCUAUAAACUCUGGUGCCAAAACAACCCCGGCUUCGCAAAACACGGCAAAGUCCACAUCAUCGCGCACUCCCUCGGCAGCGUCAUGUCCAUCGACAUCCUCUCCAACCAACCCACCGUCGUCCCACCCCACCUCUCGGACCCAACCCAAAUCGACAUCUCCGACCCCUCCAUCACCCACUUCCUCUUCAACACCCACAACCUCUUCCUCGCGGGCUCGCCCGCCGGCUUCUUCGUCCUCCUGCGCAAAUCCCAACUCCGCCCCCGCAUCGACCACCCCUCCGCGCAAGCCCUCGCGGACCCCGAAUCCAACAUCUCCGCCAUCUGCGGCGAGCGCGGCCAGUACGGCUGCAUCUCCGUCGACAACGUCUACAACAUCGUCAACGGCUACGACCCCGUCGCCUAUCGGAUGAACGCCGCCGUCGACGCCUUCUACGCCGCCUCCCUCCGCAAGGCCUUCAUCCCCUCCUCCGUCCCCUCGUUCUGGAUCGCCGCCGACGCUUCCCGCUCCACGCGCUGGUUUGGCGGGACGUCGUACUCUACCUCCUCCAAUCAUCCAUCGAAUCAUCUGACGCUUCCGAGACUGCCUUCGAACGUCGAACUCGAAACUCACAAUUUCACCCGCGAGGAAGUCGCGGAGAAACGCAUGCUGCUGCUCAAUGACAACGGCCAGAUCGAUUACUUUGUCAAGUAUGGAGGCGGGACGUUUGAGAUUCAGUAUUUGACCAUGCUGGGCGCGCAUAGUGCUUAUUGGGGUUUGAGGGAUUUUAUUCGUAUGGUGGUUGUGGAGGUGGGGAGGGAGGGUGGGAGGGAGGGGACGUUUAAGGGGUUGAGGGGUGUGAAGAGGAGGGUUGGUGGUGGGGGGAGGUGA